GGAAUCAUCACUUGGCAGCGCGGUUGGGCUGUGAGGAAGCAGAGGGUCUCGGCCAAAGGUGACGCUGAGGCGGCGGAGGUGCGGGGAGCAGAGUGGACCGUGAGUGAGACCGAGUCCCUGCAACAGUUCGGGUGCUCUCCUCUCACCUCCUCGCAGUGAAUGGCGGCGGGAUGGAGCCCGAGGGGAGCGGCGGCAGCGGGGGCUCGGCCGGGCUCCUGCAGCAGAUCCUCAGCCUGAAGCUUGUUCCGCGUGUGGGCAACGGGACCCUGUGCCCCAACUCCACUUCUCUCUGCUCCUUCCCAGAGAUGUGGUAUGGUGUGUUCCUGUGGGCACUGGUGUCCUCUCUCUUCUUUCAUGUCCCUGCUGGAUUACUGGCCCUCUUCACCCUCAGACGUCACAAAUAUGGUAGGUUCAUGUCUGUAGGCAUCCUGUUGAUGGGCAUCGUGGGACCAAUUACUGCUGGAAUCUUGACAAGUGCAGCAAUUGCCGGAGUUUACCGAGCAGCAGGCAAGGAAAUGAUACCGUUUGAAGCCCUCACCUUGGGCACUGGACAGACAUUUUGUGUGGUGCUAGUUUCCUUUUUACGGAUUUUAGCUACUCUAUAGCAUACAGCCUUAUACUGUGACGAUGAGAAGAUUUAAUAAGUGAACCUAAGAUAGCGAGUCCUCAAAAAGAAUGCAUCCUGGAAUGUAGUGUUUUCCUAGUUCUUCAAACGGAAGCAACGUGGAUGAAGAGGUGUGUGAAGGACGACAUCUCAGCUCGCUCUUCAGUUUAAGGUUCCAGAAACUGAAGAUCUGUUUGGACUCCUGUUGUCCUCAAUCCAAACAAAACGAGUUUCUUGGCUUUCCUCUUUGUAGAUAAUUUAACUUAAGUAGCUUUACAGGUGCCCCUGCCCUGAGCCAGGCCAGCCGCUGCUGAGUGGGUGUCCCUCGCUCUGCAUUUUGUCGUAGUCUGUGAGAAGAUGCAGUGUUGCAUAUUUCAGAGAAACUAUGGAAAAUAUUGGUAGAUUUUUGAGUGUGGCAUACUGUACUAAAAUCUUAGUUGAUUUAGUCUCAAAAUAUGGUAAAUUCUUCUUUGGUUACAUUUUCAUGACAGUAAGUGCCAAUUGGAUUUUGGUUAAGGGUAGCUUUGAGAACACAUUUGGUGAAAUAUUAUAACAGGAAAAAAAAUAUCUAAAUGUAUCAACUUUUCCUAUCACUUUCAUUCUAUGAAUUUUAAUUAGUUUAAUUGGAAACAUAUUCUAUUUGACUGGUUUGAGUUGAAAACGUUCAGCCAGAUUGGUUAGCCUGUUCUUUGGACAUUUGAGGCACAGAUAAGGUACUUUAAACAUUCUCUUACAGUUUUCUUAGUGACUUUGGUUUAUUAAUGCCUCUUUGGAAGUUGUAGAAAUGCACCUUACACUAGAGUUAGUGGGUUAGUGAUUUCUCAGUCUUAAUGUCGUUACCUACUGGCAGCGCUUGUCACUUUUGCAGUAUUGGUUAUCAACUCCCAGAAAGUGCCUAAAGUUUAAUUUUCAGAUAUGCCCCAGUCUGCUCUUUAUAUUUUCCUUCCAAAGAAUUUAUAUUCUUCAAAACAAUUAAAUAUCAGGGUUUUUAAACCCAAUUUUAGCUAUUUUAAUUUUUAUUCUAUUGCUUAGCUUUCUUUUUCAUUAAAAGGCCUGAAAACUGUGACCUUCAAAAGGGAAAGGAUUGCCAAAUUUAAGUAUCCAACUUGUUUUUACCACCUAAAUUGUUUUGUGUGGAAUACAGUCAAUGUUGUUAUUAUUGUUACUAUGUUUUCAGAGUAGUUUUUGGUAAUUAAAUCUUAACAUUUUUAAAAGAAAAUUUUCAUUGCGGGAGAACAGGUGCACAUGAACACAUCCAUCCAGUUCCAUGUGAAGCAGUAUGCCCUCUGACUUCUGCUUAAAAAUAGCAAGGAAACCAAUUUACCAGGAAAAAUCAUAGAGAAGAAUUACACAAGGAUCACAAAAAAUUAACUGGCCAUUUUCCUUUGUUAAAAAUGGCCAUUAGACCAUUUAUCAAAAUUAUAGUGAUGUACAUAGACUCAGGCUAGGUAGAAAGUAAGUCGAGUUGGAUUGCAGGCAAACGUCCUGACAAAUUCCCCAACAAGAUUACUCUCCAAUGCUCAAAUCUUUCUUCCACGCAAAUGUUAAGGACUCCAUUUUUCAGUUCAGGAGCUGUCAUUUGGAAACUUACCCCUUCAGUUUAGGAAAUUUGGGAAGUUGUGUCCUUUAUUAUGAGAGAUGAUUCUGAGCAUCUCGACUAAAGAAUGCCUCCUGUUAGAGCGCGUGCCUAAAACAUGCUUUUGAAUAUAACUUCACAAACUAUUUAAAUACUUCGGCCAGUAGUUGGUAGGCUGCUCCCCCAAAAUACUAUUGAUCUGUGAUUAAAAUGUUUGGUUAUUUCUCUUUUAGAGCCAAGACACAGAAAUUAAGACAUUUUGAAAGGUAGCUUUGUUUCCGUCUUUUCUGUUUCAUAUAUUUGAUUAUCCACUCUUUUUAAAGCCUUCUAAGAUAAAAUGUAACUUCAAAUUAUUGAAUGUUUCAUCCAUCACAGUAUAUGAAGCAUUAUCCUGUGAAUAAAUGUAUAUCUACUUAUAUGGAUUGAACUAUGUAGUUUUAAAUAUAUUUUCAGGGAGAAACUAUUUGAAUGAUAAAUAAUGUGUAUCCCUCCUAAUUUUUUAAAUUCCAGUCUCAAAUAUGCAAUUUUUGGGGGUGAUUGUUCAGAGGGAAGAAUAUUGGUAUUUGUGUUGAACAUUUUAUUUUACCAUAGAUAAUUUUUGGAGAGUUUUCGACCAACUGACUUUCUUAGAGACAUAUGCAAUCUACCCUUCACUCCAGCUGUGCUCCCACUUUUAUUUAUUUAUUUUUUAAUGCAGAGGGAGGAAAGUAGCCCCAACCAUAAAAGCUGGUUUCAUAAUUCUUUAAUAUGGGAUUUCGAGGUGAAAGCAUUUCAUGAAAACUUAAAGUCCAUAUACAAAAGCAUAAGUGAUUAUUCCAGAAGAAAGAUGUCUCUCUGUCUUUCUCCAUCUUGUCUUUCACUGUCUGCUAUUAACUUAUUUUUUAGUAAUGGGAAUAUUUAAACUAGUGACAAAAAAGUUCAUUCAUAUAAUGACCUUUAAAUCCUUCCUGGUCUUUUAGGUUUUAAAAUUAUAUGUUGGCUUUGAUUUCGAUGUCCUUUCUGAUUGCUCUGGUUUUAAUUAAGUUAUUACACCGCAGUGCAUACCAGCCUUUCCUAAGGAACAAUUUCCUGGAAUGUGAAGCCCUGGUGCCAUUAGCUAUCCACAUGCAGAGAGUUUUGUGUACGUGCAUUUCUCACGUGUGCACUCUGUAAGGCUGGUUGUGGCUAAAAUCAGCUUAACUUUUUAUAUUACAUUAUUUCACUCUACUACUACAGUAAAAAUGAUCAAAUCUUUGUACAAUAGAAAAUUAUUUAAAUUUUAUUUUUCUACUGAUAUUUCUAAUUCUAAAUGUAUAUUAAUAAAGAAUUACUUCCAAUUC